CAGGACCUUAAAGAUCUUCCACCCACACAACAUCUAAUAAGCUCAGCGACUAUGGCCGGGCGAUUCCUAUACUCUCAACUCUUUGUCACACCUCCCAAACCUACCGUCUCUCACGCCGGGAAGACCGUCAUCGUCACGGGUGCCAACGUCGGCCUCGGCAAAGAAGCGGCGCGCCAGUUUACACAGCUCGGGGCCUCGACUGUGAUUCUUGCUGUCCGGUCACUUGAGAAGGGUAAUGCAGCCAAGAACGACAUUGAAGCCAGCACGGGACGCAACGGCGUUGUCAAAGUAUGGCAGCUUGACAUGGCAUCCUACCAGUCCGUCUUAGACUUUGCGGGAAAAGCAGAAAAAGAGCUGGACCGACUCGAUGUCGCACUGCUCAACGCGGGAGUUAUGCGUGGGCAGUGGGAAGUUUUCGAACAAGACGAGAGCACCAUCACUGUGAACGUCGUCUCCACAUUUCUCCUCGCCUUCGCUCUCGCGCCGAAGCUUGUAGAGACGAGCAAGAAGUUUAAUACGAGACCAAAUCUCACCAUUGUCUCGUCGGAGACUCAUGAGUUCGUUGGUUUUGCUGAGCGGCACGCUCCAGAGGGGAAGAUAUUUGAGAGGUUGAAUGAGAAGAUGGUGGACGGCAAAGCGGUUGCGCUGUCAACGCGAUACAUGGUGUCAAAGUUACUUGAGGUUCUCAUCGUGCGCGCGUGGUGCGAAAGGAAGUCUGCGACCGAAAUUCCAGUGACUAUCAAUUUCGUCAAUCCUGGAUUGUGCCAUUCUGAAUUCGGCCGCGAAGGUGGCUGGAGCGUGAUCAUUAUGAAAUUCUUCCUCGCUCGAACCACCGAGGUCGGCUCACGCGUUUUGGUCGCCGCCGCAUCCCUUGGUCCAGAAAGCCACGGCCAGUACGUGACUAAUGGGCGGGUUGAGGACCCGGGGACUUGGGUGUUGAGUCAGGAGGGACAUCAGGUGCAGCAGAGAGUUUGGAACGAACUGGUUGGCAAAUUAGAGGGCAUUAAGACUGGUAUAACGCAAACACUGUAAAAUUCUGCAAAGCACAGCGGUAAGGGCUGAUUUGAUCAGGUGUUGAGAGUUGGAUGUAUUUCACAGUAAUCCAUGAUAGGGGAUCUGAUCUUAUCAACUUUUCAGCAGUGGCUACAGCGUUACGAUUUACUUAGCCCGCCUUCUUCCUUUACGAUACCAUUGACCCACCUCUAUAGCCAACAACACGUAACGCAAUUUUAUGGGCUCCCGCUCGCUCACAAAUCAAUCUCAGUAGCCGGUCGAGCAAUAUUAGCACGCCAAUGGUGUGCAUUGACUGGAUCCUUUUGAUAAACAUUGACUUCAAAGAACCUAUUGUGCGUAGCACAUUUGAAGUUCUUAAAC